CUUGUUUAGUUUCCCUGGAUUCACUUAACCGACCAGCCCGGUUGCGCUUGUCUGGGCACACAGUGUGGCGCGGUGGGGGCUGGUGCUAAACCUGCUCAUGCAGCGGUGAGUUAGGGGGAAAACACCAGUAGCAGUGUACAGCAAACUGGAAUUAGAAAGAAAGAAAAGACUUUUACGAAGCGUACUGACGCAUUGAGUCAUGAUUAUGUUUUAAAUUGAACAACAACAGAUACAAAGAACGGCAAGUACAAAAUUAUCCCCCUUCCAACUCGACCCAAUGUCCGACAAACAAAUGUACGGUGGCGGGGGGUGCCAGCAAGCGUACUCGGCAAAAGGAUGGGCGGAAAGCUUGCAAAGGGGCGGAAAAAGCCCGCAGUCAGAAAUGGACAGCGUAUAGCAGCACCUCGGCGGGCCUCCACCCGAUGGGCGCCCCCGGGCGUGGUGGCACGUGGCACAGCACCGCGGCCACCGCCCUCCGCUCCGCGCCCUCCGCGCCCUAAGCGCCCCGGUUACCCAACACAGUCCGGGCAUUUCCGUCUCCCAGCGACAGACACACUCAUCGGUUUCUAGUUUUAGAUGCUGCUUUUCCUCCUCCCCGAUCGCGGCGACCCCUCCCCCUGCCCGAGGCAGGCACCCCUCCGCACGCGCCCCCUCCAGCCUUGCCUCCUCUCCGACCCCCACGACCACCCUCGCUUGGCCUAUCGCCAAUGCAUUGACUGACAAUCGACAUUGUCUCUGAUGGACGAAGCGACACCGCUCUUGCGCAAUAAGUACUCUGUGAGUCGAAGAAAAAGGGGAGGGGGCUUAAAUCCCCAUGCGUCAAUCGUUCACCGAGUAGGAGGACUGCUCGGGGUUGUGUGCGUCACAUGUAAAUUUGCAAUUUGGAAUUGUAACUGUACGACAUUUUUCAUGGGAAAUUUUCCUGUACCUCGAGGGGUGCCCAACUGUGGCUUAUAUCCACUUCAUCAUUGAGUUCUGAGGGGUAUGGCGGAUUUCACGACGCGUGACGCGUGAGUCACGCGGCGUGACGCUACCCUUCCCUCACUUGUCUUGUGCUGGAACGGUCCGGCCGGGCGCCACCAGCCCCGGGAGGAUCGCUCCACCGCCUACCUUCCUCCUCCUUUCUUUUCUAUUAGGUGCUGGCAACUGUGGCAAAUCAUUCUGCGUUAAGAGUUAACAAAAUAUUACCAUUAAAAGAAGCAUAAGUACUAUUUAGAAAUAUUGGCCAUUAUGCAAUACCCUUUUAGGACCGUUUUUGAUGAAAAGUCGUGUUGAGUGUUUUGAAGUCCCUGUGAUUUUGUGCCGUAUGUUGGCGAGCAUCUUUGUUGUGAUUGUGUAUGUUAUGAUGUUGUGACCGGCUGCUAGAACGCCUAGAAUUUGCAUUUUACUUAGAGUUUGUUAAAUUCGCGAUGGAGUCAAGCAUUUCAACCGUGUUCAAGUGCUCACAGUGCGGGAAAGCUUACAAACAGGAGACGUGGUAUAAGAAACAUAUCUUGUUUCACCAUGGUACACCGAAGGAUCAAGGUACCAAAUCUGACUCCAUGAAAAAACAAAGACCUGAAGAAAAUCUGAACAAAACAAUGGACAAGUUAGCAGUUAAUGUAAACAUCAUCUUCCUCAGUCUGGAUUGCAUUGACUUACGGUUUGUUAGGCGAGGUGUGACGGGCCGAAAUGCAUUUUUGUAUGAAUUUGGCAUGAUGGGUAUCGAUUCUGGCAAUGCGAGGGUGAACUAUGCGUUUAGGAUGUUUAAAAUGAUGCUGUAG